AUGAAGAAGAAAAGCCCAACGGCAGAGGACAACGGCCGCCUGAGCAUCUUGAGGAGGGGGCUGACCGGGUUCUCGUACGAGUGCGAGGUGAACGGCAAGCUCGUGCUGGAUACCACGUCCGUCGUGCAGAACACCGACUACGAGUACGAAGUCUCAGUACCCGCGACCGUGGACACCGGCAGCAGGGUUAGCGGGGUAACCUGGUACGAGGUGCACACCAUGCGGAAGGCGGACAGCAAGGGGACCCUGGUUCACCGGAGGUUUCGAGACUUUUACGCGCUUCAAGAGCAGGUGGAGUCGCUCAUGAAGGGCCACCACCUGCGGUCCUCCCUGCCCAGGUUCCCGGGCAAGAAGUCCAAGCUCUGGACCAACCACGGCGACUUGUCCUUUGUCGAGGAGCGAAGAAAGGCCUUGGAGCAGUACCUCAAGACUCUACUACAGCUUCCUCACGUGAGCACCCUGGACUCGACCCGAGCCUUCCUCGGGAUGGUGGGAAACCUGCGAGAGUUCUCGGUGUCGUGGGAGGGGAAGGAGCUCGGCGCCAAGCUCAAGCGAGCCUCGGAGGUGGCGGGCGGAAAGCUGGGCGUCGGGGGAGCAGGCUCGGCCGGCCCGAACGGGGACGGAGGGGCGCCGCCGGUGAUCACCUCUGUGCUGGGCAACGGGAGAUCACCACCUGGGGUAUGUCCGGGAGACCGCCUGUUCAAGGUUAAUGGAGACUCGACGGAGCUCAUGUCGCUGGAAGCCGCCUGGAGUUCUGUGGCGCGGGCCACGCGGCCGGUGAUGCUGCAUUUCUUGGGCCCGAUCCUCCGCAUGGAUUCGACCCUGGCCCCGCUUCCCGAGGCGUUUCUGCGUCACCGCACCCCCCCGGGGCGGCAACUCCCAUCCACGGCCCCCCAAGACGGCGGACCUCCGCUCGCCGGAAGCUUCCUGCGCCCAAGCGGCAGCGGCGGCGCUUCCGCCGCGGGCCCCGCCGGCGCUGCUGGCGGUGUUGACGGUGGCCAGUGGAGCCUAAGAGGCAUGCUGCCGGCAUGGAGCCGGGAACAGCCUUCGAAGCCCGGGGAUGGUA